AUGGGCCUGAAGGACCAUCCGGAGGAGGAUGGAGCAGGCCGCAUCCUUGACCUGGGGCUGGAUUUAGAGUACCUCCACAUCGAAGGCUCCGUCAGCAGGCAGGCUGGCGCCGAUACAGGGCCCAGUAUGGAGCGGGGCGAGGAGGAGGAAGAGGCCUGCAAGGGCAGUGGCAGUUGCAGCUUGUCCACGCCUGGGGGGAAGGAGGGGGAGGUGGUGGGGGAGGAGAGCGCUGGGUUCGACAGUGACCCGGAGCCAGCCCGAAACAGCACCGGUUCUAACCCGGCUGGAAGAGGGUCCGUAUCUGAGCUAGAUGGAGUGCCUGUUCCCAACACCCACCAACCUCUGUGCAGGACUCCCUGUGUGGACCUGGGGUCCGAGGGGCCUCCUGACCCUCCGUCGGGGGAGCCUUCAUCCGGGGAAGCCCUGAGGGAGUACCAGUCCAAGCUGGAGUUUGCUCUGAAGCUGGGCUACACCGAGGAGCUGGUGCGGCUGGUGCUGGCCAAGCUGGGGCCGUACACACUCAUCAACGACAUACUGGGAGAGCUGGUCAAACUGGGCCGUAAGGUCGAGACAAACCAACAGCUGACUGGGUCCACGGCUUCACAGACCGCCCCCUCCACCUGCUCCUCCUCUUCCUCCUCUUCUUCCUGUGGGUAUGUGGAGGCGCAGCAGGGGAGGACAGACUCCCCUUGUCCCCCAGGAGGAGGUCUGUCUGAUAAGGACAACCUGCGGCCCGUCGUCCUGGACGGUAGCAACGUGGCAAUGAGCCACGGCAAUAAAGAGGUGUUCUCCUGCUACGGCAUCCAGCUGGCUGUUGAUUGGUUCCUGGAGCGAGGUCACCGUGACAUCACUGUGUUUGUGCCAUCCUGGAAGAAAGAGCAGUCCCGCCCUGACGCCCUCAUCACAGACCAGGAUAUCUUACGUCGUCUGGAGAAGGACAAGAUCUUGGUGUUCACUCCGUCUCGUCGGGUCCAGGGUCGCCGGGUGGUCUGCUAUGACGACCGUUUCAUCGUCAAGCUGGCCUACGAGUCCGACGGCAUCAUCGUCUCCAACGACAACUACCGCGACCUGGCCAGUGAGAAGCCAGAGUGGAAGAAGUUAAUUGACGAGCGGCUGCUCAUGUACUCGUUUGUCAAUGACAAGUUCAUGCCUCCUGAUGACCCUCUAGGUCGUCAUGGUCCCAGUCUGGAGAACUUCCUGAGGAAACGUCCCAUCAUGCCAGAGCACAAGAAGCAGCCCUGUCCUUACGGCAAGAAGUGCACUUACGGCCACAAGUGUAAGUACUACCACCCGGAGAGGAGUGCCCAGUGCCAGCGCUCGGUGGCAGACGAGCUGCGUGCCAGCGCCAAGACCUCUGCCACCUCUACUAGCGCCAAGGGCCAGGCUGGCGAGGCCGGGCUGGUGAAGAGCCACAGCGUGCCCAACAAUGUAGCGAUGGGUACCAAAAGAGGUUCUGCCCCCAAAAGGCAGUGUGACCCCAGCAUCCGGGCGCUGUCCUACGGCGAGGCAGAGGGCAAGCUGAGACACGCUGAGAAAUGCAACAGCCUCAGUAGUAGUAGUGGGAGUAGUUGUUGUAGUGGGAGUGUUACUCUGUCCCCUGCCCCUGGAGGACCCCCCUCUGCCCUCAGCGACCCCCAGGAACAGCCACCGAGCCUGGGCAGGGACACACCCUACAUGACCCUGCCGCACCCCCACCCUGACCCCUACUCCUCCAGCUGUGACCCUCCAGAUCUGAGCUACUACUCAGUGACGCCGGCCCACUCUGGCCUGGCAGCACGGAGGAGUCCGGAGUCCCGCUUCCCGCUGGACACGGACCUGCGUCUGCUGGGCUCGUCAGACUGUGGCAGCAGCGGAUGUGACUCGUACGGAGAGAGAGCCUCCUGUCUGUGCUGCCCCGGCCCUCUGCUGGACAAAUACAUCCACCAUCAGCAUCAUCAGCACCAUCAACACAACCGCCUGUACUCUCAACACUCUGCCCCCCUGCUCGAGCCACACCACCCCCACCCCUCCUCCCACACCCACACCUCUGUCCUCUAUGGCUAUCACCAGAGCCUGGCACGGGGCCACAGCUUCCCUCACGACGAGCCCCCUGACCCCCACCUGAAGCGCCCUCUGUACCCCCUCCCGCCUCCCCUCCAGCACCAGGCCGUAGGCGCCCGCUCCAGCUGCCCUGGAGACUACCCCUCUGUGUCCCAGUCCGGCCCCUACCCUGCUGGCUCCCCUCUGGGCCGCUGCCUGGCCAACACGGGGCUGGAGACGCUGUCAGACUCCCGGCUGUACGAACGCUCCCUGCUGCCCCCCAGGAAAGCCUUCUCCUGGGAUCCCUACUGCAGCCAACCCCCUCAGUCCCGCUAUGAGACUUACCAGAGUCUACCGGAGACCCACGAUGUAGGCUGGGGACACACAUCUCCAUGGGGACAGACCACACACUCUUACCACCAACCCUACCCCCCUCACCCCUCUCAGCCCCCUCACCCAUCCCAUGCCCCUCAGCCAUCCCACCCGUCCAUGCCCCCCCACCACAUGCACCAGGAGCCCCCCGCCCUGAGCCGGUACGGGGAGGUGCGGGGGAAGGUCUACCUCAACCUGUGUAACAUCUUCCCCUCUGAGCUGGUGGGCCGGGUUAUGGGGAGGAACCCCCAUGUGACGGACGCCCAGCAGCUAGCUGCCGCCAUCUUGGCUGAGAAGUCCCAGUCCGGCUACUAAGUCCAGCUAGCCUACUACUCUCUCCCUAUUCAUAACAACAGUUAGUUGUAGUUUUGACAAUAUAAGGGUUUGACUGUACAUUUGUUUGUGGAUAACUUAGUGUUAAUCAUGUGCAAGUGAGGAUAUGCGUUGAUUUCCAAGUCACUUUUUCCUCCGCUGUUUGAAACAUUUUAGAAAUAACUGGAAUCCGAGGGAUCUGAUUAUAUGCCUAAUCUUACUUCUAUUCUAUAUUUUCUACUCCAUUUGGAAACAUUCACCCCCAAAUUGACCACCAUUUAUCAACAGAAUCUUGGUUGUUGGGGAUGUGUAUAUCUUCUGUGUUCAAUCGGUCUAAUUGAUUUGUUUCUCUGUUUUUCAGUGCUGUGUGUUCUGUUUGUGCCUGUUGUUGUGAUAGUAGGUGGCUGAGUUAGUCUUCUGAGUUGAGAGAAUGUCUUGCAGUAGUUGUAGAGACGGGCACGUUCGUCGACCUUGUCUUGUUUUAGUAAGGGAUGUCUCUGACCCCUCGUUUUGGCUCCAAGCCUGCAGCUGCUACAGACACGGUAGACUCGAGCUCAAAUCCCAAGUCAAUUCCCUUUGGCUGUUUUUCCUGAAUACCUAUCCAAAGGGCUCAGAGCACUUGGCUUGAUGUUGACAAUCUGUUACAGUUACCGGCACAAUCCCUGGUAGACAGAAAGCCUUUCUUUGUUGAUACAAAUUGUAUCGUUCAUUUAGGAUUAUAUACCUGUAUAUAUAUCCGUAGGUGUGUAAUCGAUUCAUGAAAAGCUGUUUAUAUAUAGCUGGUGCAUUUUAAACUAUAAUACUGUAUGAGAUAUUCCAGGCAACAUUUGAUUAUUUUUAGACAUGGUUUGUUUAGAAAUAUUAAUCAAAUUAGAUACAUGAAAAAAGGUGAGGUAUUCUGACUUUUUGGGAUGGAGAAUAGCCUAGGCUGGGUUGAACCCAAGUGGCCAGCUAGGUGAAAUGAAAUAUGCGUGGGUCGGUAAAAAAAUAUUAAUUUUGUUUUGUAAUGAAAAACCUCUCUGGCACCGUGUGUCAGUGAGGGCCCGGACGUGGGCAAAAAGUAAUGCCUUUACACGGCAUUGUGCUAAUGACACAUCAAAUACUCUGAACCAUGUUCAGCAAACUGUUAUGCAUGUUUUGGUGACACUUUAUUUUAAUCGACCGUAAUAAACCAUUGAAGUCAUUUAUAAAGUGUGUUCACCAUUUAAUAAUCAUUUUCCCCACAUUUAUAACCAAUUUACUAAACAUUAGUUGUCUUUUUGCAGCCCCUAAUCUAAAGUGAGUGCUAUUUAUACUUUAUAAUGUUUUGAGUGACCAGUGUAAUUUCUCCCAAAAAGAUGGGUUUGACAUUGAUAGACAUUUCAGCAGUACCUGGUAAAAUAAACUGACAGCACAGGAUAUAUAUACAUUUGUGUAUGAACUAUGAUUAAUAAAUGGUAUGUACUGUUUGUAAAUGCCAUAUAAUUAACUUAGUUUAUUACGGACCCUUAAAAU